AUGGAGGACACAGAUGAAUCAGCUGGAACAUCGGGUGUUACUAGCAACGAACAAAUCAUAGAUACGCCUCAUCAGGACGAUGAAUGCUGUGUUUUGGACACGAGCCGCACACCCAGCGACCCUGAUCAACGGGUUGAUGAAGAAGGGCUUAACACGGACACACUAGAAGAUUCCAACGGUAUCGAACAAGAAAAUAGGACCGACGAAGAAGAUCAGGAAGAGAACGAUGAAGAAGGCGCGUUUGGCAUCAGUUUAUCCUCAUCCUCAUCUUCAUCGUUCGUAUCAUACCUUUGCGAAGAUGACGUAGAGUUUGAGCCAGGCGAUCUGCGUCCCUGUAGCGUGGACGACCCAGAUUGCCCUUAUGCCGAAUGUGACGUGCACAAGGAGCAGUGCGAUAUCUGCCACACUUACUGCCUGGAACCGAACGACAGUGAGCAGCGUCGGUUUCAUCGCAUCAGAUGUAAAAAGGACAAGUUCUUCGAAAGACAGUACGCGAUCGCAGUGGAACAAUCGUGCGACAAGGUGUGCGGCAUCUGCAUGGAACUUGUCAUGGAUAAGCGACCGCGCGAACAACGCUUCGGCAUACUGCCCAAGUGUAUGCACGUGUUCUGUCUGAAGUGCAUUCGCAACUGGCGCAAGGUGAGCACGCUGAAUCCAACCGUGCGGCGGGGGUGUCCGAUGUGCCGCGUCGUGUCGUACUUUGUCUGUCCGAGCUUCGUGUGGGUGGAGAACAAGAAGGCAAAACGGAAGCUUAUCGCCGACUAUAAACGAUCCUGCCGUUCCAUCCCCUGCAAGUAUGUGCAGGAGUGCCGCGGUCCCUGUCCAUUUGGUAGGGGUUGCUUUUACCAGCAUACACGCAAUGGGACGAAUUGA